AUGGAUGGAGGGAACCAUUCUGUGGUGUCUGAGAUUGUGUUUCUGGGAAUCACUCACUCUUGGGAGAUCCAGCUCCUCCUCCUGGUGCUUACCUCUGUGCUCUAUGUGGCAAGCAUGACUGGAAACAUCCUCAUUGUGUUUUCUGUGACUACUGACCCUUACUUACACUCCCCUAUGUACUUCCUGCUGGCAGGCCUCUCCUUCAUUGACUUGGGAGCCUGCUCUGUCACUUCCCCCAAGAUGAUCUGUGACCUUUUCAGAAAGCGCAAGGUCAUCUCCUUUGGGGGCUGCAUCACUCAGAUCUUCUUCAUUCAUGUGAUUGGUGGUGUGGAGAUGGUGUUGCUCAUGGCCAUGGCCUUUGACAGGUAUGUGGCCAUAUGCAGACCUCUGCACUACCUGACCAUCAUGAGCCCAAGGGCAUGCAUUUUGUUUAUGGGUGCUGCCUGGGGCCUUGGUGUUAUUCACUCACUUUUCCAACUGGCAUUUCUUAUUAAUUUACCUUUCUGUGGCCCUAAUGUGUUGGACAGCUUUUACUGUGAUCUGCCUCUGCUUCUCAGACUGGCCUGUACAGACACUAACAAAUUGCAGUUCAUGAUCACUGCCAAUAGUGGGUUUGUCUGUAUUGGCUCUUUCUUCAUACUUCUCAUCUCAUAUGUCUUUAUCCUGUUCACAGUUUGGAGACAUUCCUCAGGUGGCUCGUCCAAGGCCCUGUCCACUAUGUCAGCUCACAUCACUGUAGUCAUUCUUUUCUUUGGUCCAAUAAUAAUUUUUUAUACGUGGCCACACCCUAAUUCUCAAAUGGAGAAGUUUCUUGCUCUCUGUGAUUCAGUUCUCAUUCCUUUUCUGAAUCCAGUCAUCUACACAUUCAGGAAUAAAGAGAUGAAGGCAGCAAUAAAGAGACUUUUUAAGCUAUUAAUGAUUUUUAGAAAGAUUUCAUGA